GAUGGACGAAUUUCUGCUGUUUUUAUUGGCCUUCUUCUGCAUAGUACUAUGCAAAGCUAUGCUAAUCGAAGCAACUGAUUUCACGGGAAUCCCAGAUGAUUUCAUUCCAGCCAAACCUGAGUACGAAGUUGACGGAAAAACUAUCGACGAAUUUCCUGAUUAUCCGCAUGCGCUAGAACAUGACUUAAAAGAUUGUUAUAGGCUACCCACUUAUGGUAUUAGUGUAAAAAGAGACCAAGAGUGGAAAAUUACAAAUAUGUACCUUGGCAGUCGACUUCUAGCAACGUUUAAGGCAAAAAAUGAUCCAAAUGCAAAUACUCAUUUGUUUUACCGUAUAACCAAAAAAGAGACUUGUGACGCAUUGGAACUAAGCUAUCUUAGGUCAAAAAAAAAAUGCGUCACUCUGGUGAUAGAAAAGCGUCACGGAUAUAGACAGAAGGACACUAUUCAAGGAGUGAAAAGGGAUUUAAGUUUCUUUGAGAAGGACUGGAUUUGGGAAAUGCGCAAAAAAGGUUGGUGUGAUACGUCUGGUCAAACAUUCACAGAAGGUCCUUAGGAUACGUUACUCAGAUGAAUUGUAGCAAAUAUUUAUAAAUGCAGCUUUUGGUAAUGAAUUUAUGUAAUAAAG